AUGUCUUCUCUAAGGUGUUUGUGUACAUUUUCCAAUGAACAACAAGUUGGGGAUCUUUGGAGGAUGGAAGUGAAAGGUGGCAGCAUGAGCAUGGAGCUUAUCGGAAGAAAAAAAUUGAAAUUUUCAUUCCGGUGGAAGAGGUGGAGCUGGAAAGAGGCAUUUUUCAUACUGAAGGUUGGAAGGUUGGACUGCACGGAGCAAGACAGAGGCAACCAAUUUAGGCUGUUAGAAUCUGAGAACCAACAAAUACUUCCUCUACAAUAUGUUUUAGUCUGCACAGAUGAGUACGGCAAAAGGGGGCAAGCGCCCAUAAGAGACGACGAGUCAAUGUCAUGGAUUUACCGAGGUGCCCAUUUGCCUCCAGCAUUGUACGUAGAGGUUGCAGAUGAACCUGUUCAAGAUGUUGGGGAAGGAACUACUGGUGGUCAGUAUGAUGGUACAGGGAGUAGUGGUGUUGGUGGUACCAAUGAAGAUGACGAUGACACAGAAGAUGACGUACAUGGGAACGGUGACGAGGAGUAUGUGCCGUCCGAUGAGUCUGAUGAUGAUUACGGUGACCAUGACGCAUCUUCGUAG